UCAUUACACCGAUCGCAGUCUUUUCGCCACCAGAGCUUCAGGUAGCUACGCGGCUCUUCUCGCCACUCCUACUUCGUGCACUGGACUUAAAGCAGACUGUGCUACCUUUCCCAUCACUUUCUGUUUAAACUCCGUAAGGUGAAAUUCGGAAGUCGUUUCCUGUUCACAUUCCACGCAUAAUUUAUCAUACACCACCAAAUUCCUGAAGUUUCCUUAUACACAGAACUUGGAAGCAGACGCAGAGAUGGAUAGCAAAGAUGAGAUAAGUGACAGUGACAGCGGAAUUAUCCUCCAGUCUGGCCCUGACAGUCCCACAUCGCUAACAAAGGAGCUGGCCGUCCAUACCAGGGCCGUACGACUGAAGCACCAAGCCCUGGAGGAACGUCUGGAGCAAUGUCUACAGGAGCUGAGGAAACUGUGCAUUCGAGAGGCGGAACUGACAGGACAGCUGCCUGCAGACUACCCACUGAUGCCUGGAGAGAAACGGCCAUGCGUGCACCGCCGUGUCGGGGCUACCUUUUCUCUGAACAGGGAGAGUGUCCAGAGUGAAGGAAAGGACCCUGAGUUGCUUUCAUUGGAAGGCAAGCUGGCACUACAGAUGCGCAUCCUAGAAGCGGCCCGUAAACUGUGCCUUGAGGAACACCUGAGCAGGUCAGUGAAGAGGAGCCGCCUCCAGCAGAGUAAGCGUGAGGAGCGGAAGCUGACGGAGCUGCAGAGGGCCUUAUCUCUGCGGAGAGAGAUUUUCACUUACCCUGUGGCCAAACUUAGUGAUCCAGAUACAUUAGAUGAGUCUCUAUCAGACUCUGCACUUCUAAAGGAAGAAGUGAAAGACCAGGCAACACAUGUGUUCUCCGAACACCUUUGUUCAGAAGACCCCCCAGAACAUCUUCAGCACCAACCCCGGGACCCCCCUCCGGACGUUCUGGAAGGGCCAAGGCCGACACAGAGCUGCAGGGUGGAGUAUGAGCGCUGCCCCGUCCCGAACUCGCCGUGGAAGGAGUCCAGCCUGGACCAGCCCUAUCGGAAGCCUAUCAAGACCCAGUCUGCUAACAGCAGUCGCUCCUGCAGCCCAGUGGUGACCCCACGUUCCACACCUGUGCACCUCCAGCUGGGAGAUGCCCUCCCACCACUGGUCCUUGCUCAGACACCGGGCCAGAGUGAGGCCUGCAGCGCCCCCUGCACCCCGGAGCUGCCACAACGCCGCCCGCACUUCCAGUCAUUCAGACUGCCCAGGUAUCAGACUCCGGACACAUCAGAAAAGAAUCGGGCACCAGGACAGCUGCUGUGCCUACGACCCCGCGACCUUUCCAUGACCCCGCCGGAGUACUCGGCCCUAAUGGCUGGCUUUGGGAAGCUGCGAUAUGCGUCCAGCUCUGAGGACAGCAGCUCGGAGCACUCUGUAUCCUCACACACCAGCUCUCCUGGUCGCGACAGCCCCAGCGAGAUGACCAGGUCGUGCCCACCCCCAUACGGAUACUAUAUCGCCCAUCACAGCAGCUCAAAUGACACCAGACGCCAAUUCAGUCCUCAUGAAAGCAGACUCCAUAGAGGUCCCCCAAACAGCGGUCCUCACGUCAGCAGCUGCCCCCACAACAGGCAGCACACUGGGCACCUCAAGGGGCCCCAGCCACAGUCCGGGAGCAGCUUCUGCAGGCCCUCUCAGGUUCAACAUCCAACCAGCUGCAACACGGCUCUAAUGGGACAAGAGCUGGGAUACCCCCCCGAGUUGGAUGUGGCACGUCUCUACUUAAGUCCGCCCCCUCUGGCCCAAGGUGCCGCGCCACAGUACAAUCACUGGAAUGGGAGAGCUCCACCCCCCCAUGUCAGGCUGGCCCGCGCCCCUUCCCUCAGGGAGUACCCGCAGCACCACAGCUGGGCGUCUCCCCAGGGACUUGUGUCCGAGGAGCUGCGCAGUUGGCAGCAGCGCACGCAGAGUCGCGAGGCCCGCUCGCGCUCCCUGGACAGGACUGGGGCUGAAAGGGCGUCCCAGCCACAAACUGCAGGCCUGCAGGCCCCCAAGGUUCCCCAGAGACGAAUCCUGCAGAGAGCCCCUGACGGGACCCCUGUGCAGUGGUUUGAAGAGGAGGAGUGCGAGAUAGUGAGCCAGGUGUAGAUCGGAACACAAGGUUCCUGUUACUGUGCUGCCACUCGAGGAUUCUGCUGUAUGUGUAGCUCGAUGUUUAAAUGAGCACUUUUGGGUUGAAUCCUCCCCUCAAGAGCAGAAGAGUAAGGCCAGUGGUCAGUGGCCUGGGGAGAGCGCACCCCCCACAAGAGACACUCUCAGCUGCUAUUCAUCAUGUGCUUGAAACAAGCCAACGAUCCCUGUGUAAGGCUGUAUGCCUGUCUACUGCUGUAGGCAAAUAUUAAACUGACUGAAUAUGCUCUUUGCAUAGUUUCUGCUGAUAUUUCUUACAUUAAAAUUAUAAUACUAUUAUAUCAAGGACACUGUGAUUUGUGUCUGAAUAAUGUCAGCUCUACAUUAAUAAACUAGGGGCUAUAAAAUAGAAAUUUAAAAAUAGCAGCUUAUAGAGACAACAGGCUUAGCUUUAGCUUUCUUUUCUUAGGUGAUUUACAUUUAUCUUCCACUGUCAUUUAGUAUAUUUUGUAUUUUUUGUUAUGCAUAUUUUACAUGAGUCUGGCAACUGUCUAAAGUACUGUAUUUCUGUGAAAAUGUUAUAUUUUAUAAUAAAGUAUUUAUCAUUUUCGAUGUA